AUAUGCAUUGGAUAUUUAUUAUGACAUUACUGUGUGUAUAUGAAACGAUUCUGUCACAGGCACAGGCACGGUAGUUCAUAAUGUUCGGUGUUCCAAAUAGAUUUAUAAUGAAUCGCACGAAGCGUUGCAGUUUGCUGGUAAAUAAAUUUUUCAGGUGGGGAAAUUACAAACCAAAUAAUGUAUCGCUCGUUUCAACUAUCAACCGGGCAUGCCACAACACAACGUUCGGUCAGCCUGUACAUAGCACUCAUCCACAUUUAAUAAAUCCGGGUGAAGUAUUGACCGGAAUAUCACUAAAAGAAGUUAAACAUAGACGACAAACGUUUCUACACGCAUUGCGAGACUUUGCGGCGCUGCAGCUCGGUGCUGCAACAAAUCAUAUUGUUAUUAUACCUUCCGCUAAUAAGAAGUACAUGAGCCACAAGAUUCCGUACGUUUUUCGUCAGAACACAGAUUUCCUAUAUUUAAGCGGUUGCCAGGAACCGGAUACUGUGCUUGUUUUAGAAGUUGAUGCAAACAGCAAUUGUAAAAACACACUUUUUGUUCGGCCGAAGGAUAGAAUCGCUGAGAUGUGGGAUGGACCCAGGACUGGCGUACAGCACGCUCAGGACGUGUACGGAGUGGAAGAAUCAUACAACAUAAAUUUUUUAAAGGACUAUUUAACGAAAUAUGGGUUUGCAAAUCCAAACUCGAUAUUUUGGUACGACGAGAAAGCGUCCGAUUUGGGCAACGUGUCGAAAAUAAUCAAAGAUAUAACGAACAAUCAAACAAAGUCACCCAUCGAAUUGAUUCAAAGCCUUCGUCUGAUAAAAUCGGAAAGUGAGUGCUUGUUGAUGCAAAAAACGUGUGAGAUUGCAUCUAAAGCUAUCAAUAAGACGCUCGAGAACAGUUUUCCUGGCAUUAGUGAACAUGAAAUAUAUGCCAAUGUUGACUACUACACACGUAUCUACGGGGCAAACUUUUUAGCCUAUCCACCAGUGGUGGCUGGAGGUUCGAACGCAACGAUUAUCCACUAUAUAAACAAUAAUCAAAUUGUAAAGGGUGGCGAAUUGAUAUUAAUGGAUGCGGGAUGCGAAUAUCAUGGAUAUACAAGCGACAUUACAAGAACGUGGCCCGUCGAUGGCAAAUUCAGCGAUCCUCACCGAGUUCUUUACGAAGUUCUUCUACAAGUUCAGCAGGAACUUUUAGAUUGUUUACAGUUUCAGGGCGGUGAAACGUUAGAUCAACUCUUUGAUACAAUGUGUACAAAAAUAGGAAAAUAUUUACAAGAAAUCAAAUUAAUUCCUUCCUCGCUUUCUGCGCUAGAGCUUUCCCGAGCUGCGUAUAAAUUUUGUCCCCAUCAUGUAUCUCAUUAUCUUGGUAUGGAUGUACACGACACGCCUCUCAUAUCAAGAAACAUUCGACUUUGCCCCGGAAUGGUGUGUACGGUAGAACCAGGCAUUUACAUCCCAACACACAAUUUAGAUGUUCCGCAUGAAUUCCGUGGUGUAGGAAUGCGUAUUGAGGAUGAUGUACUCAUUAAACCAGGGAAGGAAAUAGAAAUUCUAACUAAAGAAUGUGUGAAGGAUACUACGCUAGUGGAAGACUUGGUAAGCUGUAAAACAAGAGGCUCGUUGUCGUAGUUGAUACAACGUUGUUUACGCUUUAUAGGUUAAAUAAAUUUUGAUUCCUUUGAUAUUAUGUAA